AUGUCAAAGGAGGAUUUCGUUAUUAAGCCUGAAGCUGCAGGUGCAUCCACUGACACUAGUGAAUGGCCAUUACUUUUGAAGAAUUUUGACAAGUUAUUAGUCAGAAGUGGUCACUAUACCCCUAUCCCAGCUGGUAGUUCACCACUAAAGAGAGACCUGAAAUCAUACAUCAGUUCUGGUGUCAUUAACUUAGAUAAACCUUCCAACCCAUCAUCGCACGAAGUUGUCGCUUGGAUCAAAAGAAUCUUACGUUGUGAGAAGACCGGUCACUCUGGUACAUUGGAUCCAAAAGUUACUGGUUGUUUGAUUGUUUGUGUUGACAGAGCUACCAGAUUGGUUAAGUCUCAACAAGGUGCUGGUAAGGAGUAUGUGUGUAUCGUUAGAUUGCAUGAUGCCUUGAAGGACGAAAAGGACUUGGGCCGCUCGUUGGAAAACUUGACUGGUGCGCUCUUCCAAAGACCUCCUUUAAUCUCUGCUGUUAAGAGACAAUUACGUGUUCGUACUAUUUAUGAGUCAAACUUGAUUGAGUUCGAUAACAAGAGAAACUUGGGUGUCUUCUGGGCUUCCUGUGAAGCUGGUACUUAUAUGCGUACUUUAUGUGUUCAUUUAGGUAUGCUAUUAGGUGUCGGUGGUCACAUGCAAGAAUUGCGUCGUGUUAGAUCCGGUGCUCUAUCUGAGAACGACAACAUGGUCACUUUGCAUGAUGUUAUGGAUGCCCAAUGGGUUUACGAUAAUACAAGAGAUGAAUCUUACUUGAGAUCCAUUAUUCAACCUUUAGAAACCCUAUUGGUUGGUUACAAGAGAAUUGUAGUAAAGGAUUCUGCUGUUAACGCAGUAUGUUAUGGUGCAAAAUUGAUGAUUCCUGGUUUAUUGCGUUACGAAGAAGGUAUUGAGUUAUAUGACGAAAUUGUCUUGAUAACUACAAAGGGUGAAGCCAUUGCUGUUGCCAUUGCACAAAUGUCAACCGUUGAUUUAGCUUCUUGUGAUCACGGUGUUGUUGCUAGCGUGAAGAGAUGUAUCAUGGAAAGAGAUUUGUACCCAAGAAGAUGGGGGUUGGGUCCAGUCGCACAAAAGAAAAAGCAAAUGAAGGCAGACGGCAAAUUAGAUAAAUACGGCCGUGUUAACGAAAACACUCCAGAACAAUGGAAAAAAGAGUACGUUCCAUUAGACAAUGCUGAACAGUCAACUUCUAGCGCUCAAGAAACCAAGGAAACUGAAAAAGAGCCUAAGAAGGCUAAAGAAGAAGCUGAUUCUUUAAUCAAGGAAGUUGAAACUGAAAAGGAAGAAGUGAAAGAGGAUGACGGCAAGAAGGAAAAGAAAGAGAAGAAAGAAAAGAAGGAGAAGAAGGAGAAGAAAGACAAGAAGGAAAAGAAGGACAAGAAGGAGAAGAAAGACAAGAAGGAGAAGAAAAGAAAGUCUGAAGACGGUGAAUCUGAAGAAAAGAAAUCUAAGAAAUCUAAGAAAUGA